AUGCAGUACCUAGCAGCUGUCAACAAGUCGCCGAGUAACCUUGUCACCGAGCAGAUACUGGAGGCAAGCCCACUGCUGGAGAGCUUCGGAAACGCGAAGACAGUGCGCAACGACAACUCAAGUCGCUUCGGAAAAUACGUCGAUGUCUACUUCAAGAAGUACGUGGUGGAAGUUUAUUGCCUGCGGACCUGUCGGGACCGUCUCGACAUCGAGACGUUCCAGAUGAAGGUCGGCAGUCGGCGCUCGGGAGUCCUGUCGCACGCGAAGUACCCUAACAGCCGUACGCGUUCGGUCGGCUGCCUGCUGCGGCUGCCGUCGCUGCGCACCGUCAAGUUCGUCCGGUCAUCGAAACGUGUUCUUCGUGCGGCUUUGGGGGCGCAAGACGCCCAUUGA